UCAGCUUCGGACUCACUCAGACCGGCAUGAAGACGUUCAUCCUUGCUGCCCUGGCCCUGGUGGCCGCCGCCGACCGGCCCCAGCCGACAUACCACCCGGCCCCGGCCUACAGGCCUCAGCCCAGCUACGCCCCGGCUCCUUCCCACGGACACAGCGGCUACAAACCCAUCGCCAUCCUCGAACAGGAGGACGUUCACCCCGGAGAUGGCACCUACAGUUCUCACUUCAGUACUGAGAACGGCAUCUACAGGUCCGAGAGUGGUGUCCCUCUGCCCGGCUACGGCAAGAACCAGUACGGACAGGAGGAGGGCAGCUACAAGCAGGAGGGCUCCUGGAGCUACACUGACGGCUACGGCAACCCCGUCAAGGUCACCUUUGUCGCCGACGAGAACGGCUACCAGCCAUCCAGUGACGUGCUGCCGACCCCGGUGCCCACCGAGUACCCGACCCCCGAGGUCAGCUACGACAACAGCUACCAGCAGCCUCAGCCCGCCUACGGCAAAUACUAAGUCAGCGACGAGUGCUUGGGGUACAUGAGUGCAUUCUUCUGUGAUUAAUAUUUUGGUGCGCUUGCGUCAGCUAUUUAUUUGUGAGGCACAGCUGAUUUCCUGAUGUGAAAGAACAAACAAUAAACACCUGAAAAACAACAAUGGCUCAUUUUCAAACGCAUAAUACAAAAUGAGG